AUGAUGAGCCAUAAAAACAGAGGAACCUCAAUAUCUUCUCAUUCGGAAGAGAGAGUCCCUCUUCGAUCAGAAUCAGACCAGUCAUGUCUAAACUCAAGCCCGGAGUUCGACUUUUGCCUCCGACAGAACUCUAAACAACGGUUUUCUCACGCCGACGAGCUCUUCUCAGACUGGAGAAACCUCUCUCUCACGGCCACAACCACCAAGAAGACGGAGGUUACUUCUUCUACAAGCGAUCUCCAAAACAUAGCUGCUAACACCGACGCAAGAGAUUCUGACUCAGAUGAUCCAAGUUAUGGGUGUGGGUUUUGGCUUGUUAGAAGCAAAUCUGUAGGGUACUCGAUGAGAAAGAAAAAGACAGAUCCUUCCUCGGAAUAUCAACGGAGCAAUAGUGAUCCGCAGAAAAAGAAGAAGAAGAGUUUGCAAAAGAUGAAUUCUAGAGAGUUUAGGGCUUCAAGAUCCAUGAAUAGUCCGGCGUUGAAUGUCCCAUUGGCUGAUAUAUUUUGCUUAGGCCCUGUUUUUUCCGGCAGCAGCGAUCGGAGAAAAUGA